AAGUUUAGUUCUCGACUUUGAUUGGUCGCUUUCGCAGCAUCGUUCGUUUGACAAGUAAAACAGUGGUCCGCAGGAAAAGAAAGCUCCGUGCGCUAUCUUCAUUUGUACACCGCAAAGAUGUCUGAGGAGCGAUCUGAAAGAUCCGAUGGGAGGAUUGUCAAGAUGGAGAUCGACUACAGUUCAACUGUAGACCAGCGUCUCCCGGAAUGUGAAAAAAUGGCUAAAGAGGGCAAGUUGCAAGAAGCCAUCGAGAGCUUGUUAUCAUUGGAGAAGCAAACCAGAACAGCAUCGGACAUGGUAUCAACCUCCAGAAUCCUUGUCGCUGUGGUUCAGAUGUGUUAUGAAGCCAAGGACUGGGAUGCACUGAAUGAAAACAUCAUGCUACUCACCAAACGGAGGAGUCAGCUCAAACAGGCUGUUGCCAAAAUGGUCCAAGAAUGCUACAAGUAUGUGGAUGCUGUGACUGAUCUCACCAUCAAGCUGAGGCUAAUCGACACACUUCGCACUGUGACUGCUGGGAAGAUCUAUGUGGAGAUCGAGCGUGCCAGGCUAACGAAGACCUUAGCUAAUAUCAAGGAGCAAAAUGGAGAGGUCAAAGAGGCAGCUGCCAUUCUUCAAGAAUUACAGGUGGAGACAUAUGGCUCUAUGGAGAAAAAGGAGAAGGUGGAAUUUAUAUUAGAACAGAUGAGGCUUUGCAUUGCUGUCAAGGAUUACAUUCGGACCCAGAUCAUCAGCAAGAAGAUAAACACCAAGUUCUUUCAAGAGGAGGGCACAGAGGAGCUGAAGUUGAAGUACUACAACCUGAUGAUUCAGGUGGACCAGCAUGAGGGCUCCUACCUGUCCAUCUGCAAACACUACAGGGCCAUUUAUGAUACCCCUUGCAUCUUGGAGGACAGCAGCAAGUGGCAACAGGCCCUGAAGAGUGUGGUGCUCUAUGUGAUUCUUUCACCCUAUGACAACGAGCAGUCAGACCUUGUGCACAGAAUCAGUGGAGACAAGAAACUGGAAGAAAUCCCGAAAUACAAGGACCUUCUGAAACAGUUCACUACCAUGGAGUUAAUGCGCUGGGCUUCCUUGGUGGAGGAUUAUGGGAAAGAGCUGAGAGAGGGUUCACCCAACAGCCCUGCAACAGAUGUCUUCUCUUAUACAGAGGAAGGGGAGAAAAGAUGGAAGGACCUGAAGAAUAGAGUGGUGGAGCAUAACAUCCGAAUAAUGGCCAAAUAUUACACGAGAAUCACAAUGAAAAGGAUGGCUAACCUCCUUGACCUCUCUGUUGAUGAAUCGGAGGAGUUCCUCUCCAGCCUAGUUGUAAACAAGACCAUCUACGCCAAGGUUGACCGGCUGGCUGGCAUCAUCAACUUUCAGAGGCCCAAAGACCCCAAUGACCUGCUCAACGACUGGUCACACAAACUCAACUCACUUAUGUCUCUGGUCAACAAGACCACACAUCUCAUUGCCAAGGAGGAAAUGAUUCAUAACCUGCAGUGAAACAAGAACAAAGUGCUUUAUUUUAUGUUUUGAUCCAUGUUUUGUUUUCCCUUCUGUGGAAAUGUUUUUGAAUACACAGUAUAAUGGCAGCCUGUGAAAGCAAUCUAAUUCCGAUGUGAUAGAAUUAGCAAAAAAAGUCUCCAACACAUAAACAUGCAAACACCUAUCCUUUGCAUCUCACUCUGGACUGGAUAUUCAAAGUGUUACACAUUGCCAUUUGAUGUAAUAUAUACAGUAGUUUAGUCUCUGUUUCUUUAUAAAAACCUGGUUUUCAAUGUACAUCUAGCAAUGUAAACAAUAAACUUCUGACAUUUGGUUAACAGUUA